ACUUCAUCACUUCUACUGCCAGUUUCUCUCGCCGCCCACCUGUAAGAGUGCACAACUCGCUCUUGCUCAGCAGCGACUCUUCGUCUUUCGCCUCGCACACCACAGCCUACGCACUUGCACCCGCCCACUCUCGCCCACCAUGUUCAGUCGUCCAAGAUCGUCACCCCCGUCCCAGAGGACGACGAGAAAAUGCAAAUGUACAUCCAGGAUCGCUGUGUCAUUAACUACUACGAUCCCCUCGUGCAGCCCUCGCUCCUCCGACACGAGAUCAAGCCCAGCCCCGAGUCCAUCUGGCUAUGACGGGCGCGUUGAGCACCACUGCAUCGAUAUGUGCGAGCGUCCGUGGGGAUUGCGCGAAGGUCGACGUGGCGACGUGGCAUAGCAAUCGCGUGGCGGUUUCGUACACCAGAUACCUCGUCGUGGUCCUCAGCGCGUACCAGCAGAUUUGCUCACAGUCUGCAAACGUCCUGGGCGGCAUAUCCGAGGACAACUUCGACCCGUCAUCCAGGGCGGCGCCGAGAUGGGCACAUGUCUCUCUGAGGAUGAGCUCCAGCAGGCCCUUGACUUCUGCAUACACCUCUUCGACGCGACGACGCCCGAGCAGUACGAGAGUGUCCGCUGCACGUUCGCGGGCCUCUCCUCUUCCCCAUUCUCGGCUGCUACGGAUAGGCCAGAGGUGCUCUUGGAUGUCCGCGCGCCGAUCGUUGAUCCAUCGAGGCUGGAGGAGCUAUUCCGCUUCCUACCUGCAGCUCGACAGGUGCCCGGGCCCGGAUGCGUGCCACGGCAUCAUGGGCAUGCUCGCGCGCACGCGGCACCUCACCGACCUCGUCCUCAGCUGCCUCCGCAUGCCUGGCGCGCCCCCACCUGUCGCGCUCCGCCGCCGCCUCGUCUGCGCGGACAUCCCCGACGGCGACCUCGCGCGCUUCCUCGCGCGUGUGGACCUCCCUGAGGGCGCCUCUGUCUGCCUGCACGGCACCGACCCGGAGCCCGCACUGUUCGCUAAGCUCGUGCGCGCGCCCGCGAUGUGCGACGCCACGCAGCUGUGCGUGUCAGCUGAGGGCGAGGCCAUGAGGCCCUGCUGCUGCUGUGUGCUUGGUCCAGCCGAAGGGAUGCCAUGCCGUGCUGGCGUGGGGUGCACACGCUAUCAUCCGGAACCUCUCUGCGACGCGCGCCGUGGCUCCUCGGCGAGUGCAUUGGCGACCUGAGGCGUGGUGCGACCCUUCCCGUGUUCCGCGUGUCUGUCAACACUGUUGUCGUGCACUUCUCGUGCAGGGCCCGCCGCCACGGCUCGCGCGACUCAUAUCGUGCAAGUCGGUGUUCAGCAAACCGGAGGAGCGCAGUGCAUCAUUCCGGAUGGAUGCGUGGUGUUUGCAUGAAGCUCGAUGCAUGGUGCCCGUGCCGCCGC